AUGUAUACCCAUCCUAUCAACCCAGAAAAGAAUCUUAUGUUACGAUAUUCAAGUCUGAGUAGAACAUUCGUUGCAUGGCCAGAUUCCGGGAGAAAAAAUUGGCUAAGAAAUAGAAAGUUCAAUUAUCACGGGUUUGAGAAUCCACAAGAUUGGCUAUCAGCAAGAGCCUCGCUAGAUUCAAUGUCUACCCCAACAGCUUUGGCUUUGAAGGUCAUGAAACUACCACAUGCACUACCACGACCGAUGUCGAUCGAGCAGGAAGGUGAGGAAAUAGAAUAUGUGGAGCGGAAGAGGAAGAAAUCGACGAAGAGGAGGGCUGAUUCGGUGGUUGAUGGAGACAGUGGCAUGACAACGCUGGAGGGAAUGGCAUCCUUUAAUGACACCAAUAUUAUGUCGCCAUUGAAAAAAAAACAUGACCCAGAAGAAAAGCAUGCCACUGUAGAAUCUUCAAAGGACGUACAUGAGAAUGGGCGGCAAUAUUUGGGUAAACAGGGGAAUACACGGGCGCGUUUCAUCGAUCGUGAUGACCGCAUUAGACUAUACGUUGGUAAAGUCUCGCACAAUCGUCGUACCUUUCACACCCCGAAAGCCCUUCUUCGUGCCAAAGUCAAAUACUUCGAUGACCUUUUCACGCGGAGCCCCGAGAUCAGGCAUAUGAAUCUUCCCGACAAAGAACCAACUUCCUUUGCUCUGUUUCUCGACUGGAUUCAACGCGGGGUGUACGCACCUUUGGAUAUCGAAGAGGGACCUAUCCCCUUUCGGAGUCGCAUCAUCCUGUAUGGUCUAGGAGUUGAAUACGAUCUCUCAGAACUGAUGGAUUAUACCAUGACCGUUCUCAUCACAAAUUAUGCAAUGCAUGAUGAAUUGUCAUUCGACGAAGAAUACGCCCAUUUGAUAUAUCUGGAUACGGAUGACGGUUCCAAACUUCGUUCGUUCGUGUCCCACUCAUUGGCGAUUAGCCUUUUAGCUAUAGGUGAUUUUUCAGAGAAACAGGUCUGGAUGAUGGGAUCUGGCCAUCCGAAAUUGUGGAGGGAUGUAUCGAAAUGGAUGAAUGCUAUUAAAAAAGAGAGCUUCGUGACUCCGUCCGUUCCUCCCUCAUCUCCUAAACCUUUGGCUCCUUCAAAGUGUAUUUUUCAUGUCCACGAUAUAGGAGCGGCAUGCGAAUUCAUGGGUGAUAUGUUCUAG